GCGGCCGGUUCUCAAUCAGUUAGCCUCAGAGCUCCGCUACAGAAUAACGUUACGUUACUUUCACGUAAACGAAAACAUUAAAACUAGUUAAAAAAUAACAGUGAUUUUACGUGACUUUUACAUUUUUACUGCCCAAAUACAUUUAACGGACGAACACUAUAGGAUUUUUCAGACAAAGGAUGAGAUUUAAGAUGAUUAAAUUAGUAAUAUUGGUCAUCGCAUCGGCUGCCGCAGUUAACAGCCAAUGUUUUUACAAAGACGAUGCAUCCAAAAAGCUUAACCCCGAUGAUCGAAUAAAUAUGUACAAAGGUCAACUACAUUUUACUUUAGACCUGUUUAAUACAAUCAACAAAUAUGUACCAGAUGACAACAUCUUCUUUUCACCAUUUUCGGUUUACCAUGCUUUGCUCCUUGGAUAUUUCGCAGCGGGUCACCAAACAGAACAGGGAUUAAAACAAGCCUUGAAAAUUGCUGAUUCUUUGGACAAGGUGAACCUGCUUACGGCUUACAAAGUGGACAAGAGGUCGCGAGCUAUGAACAACAACAGCGACAGCUACGAGUUCACAAACGCUAACAGGAUGUUCGUCGACAACGGGCUGCACGUCAGACAAUGUUUACUCGACCUCCUUUCUGGGGAACUUGAGGCAUUGAACUUCCAAGACCAACCAGAUCAGGCGAGGCAGUAUAUUAACAGUUGGGUCGAACGGGUUACAAAGAACAAUAUUAAGGACCUAAUUCCCGCAGACGGCAUCUCACAUUCCACGAAGCUAGUUUUAGCAAAUGCUGCGUACUUCAAAGGCGUGUGGGCGUCAAAAUUUCCCGCUGAGAGAACCAAGAAGCAAGUUUUCUACGUCUCUGAAACUCGCCAAACUUUAGUCCCAUUCAUGAGACAAAAGGGAAUAUUCCACUAUAUGGUAAAUGAGGACCUUGGAGCUCAAAUCCUGGAACUUCCAUACAAGGGCAAUGACAUCAGCAUGUACAUUCUUCUUCCACCUUACUCCAUGAAGGAAGGUGUAUCAAACAUUAUCAACAAUUUAACUCCGGAACGUCUUGCGGCUGUAGUAGAAGAAGGUUAUAUGGGUCGCGAAGUUGUCGUUGAAAUACCCAAAUUCACAAUUGAAAGAUCUUUAGAACUUAAACCCAUUCUCGAAACCCUUGGAGUUGGUGAUCUUUUCAACGUCACGUCAGACUUCUCCACCCUUACUGAUGACCGCGGUGUGGUCUUUGAUGAUGCGGUCCAUAAAGCAAAGAUACAAGUUGACGAAGAAGGUACGGUAGCAGCAGCUGCGACAGCAAUAUUCGGAUUCCGAUCAUCUCGACCCGCAGAGCCCAGCGUCUUCAUCGCUAACUUCCCCUUCGUUUAUGUCAUUUACGAGAGACCCACCAACUCCAUACUCUUUAUGGGUGUUUACAGAGAUCCUAAGAAGUAAUAAGCAUAGAUACUAACUAUUUAACAUGUUAUUUUUCAUUACUGUACGAACUGUACGUACCUCGUGUGACAGUGGAAGAAUGUUCCGUGCAACUGUUAUUUGUGAGUGUUAAUGAUAAAUGUAAUGGAAAUAUGACUGCACUAAAUGCAAUAUAUUUAUUGAAAACUAAUCUCUUAUAAGCUCUCGUUUCAAUGUUUGUUUUACGGAAUAAUGGUAUGUUCCAUUUCAAGUAUUAUGUAAACUUUUUAACGGAGAUGUAUCAUUGGAAAAAACACUUGAAUACUUCAUAUUUUACAUUAAUUUAUUAUAAAUUUUUAUUAAAAA